UUGUUCCGGUAAAUUAAUUUAAGAAAAUGGGCAAUCAGCACGCAGGUGGUGGGCAUCAUGGGGAUAAAAAAGAUGACAAGGACAAAAAGAAGAAAUAUGAACCUCCAGUACCCACCAGAGUUGGAAAGAAGAAGAAGAGAAUCAAGGGACCUGAAGCUGCCAACAAACUUCCACAAGUUACACCACAUACCAGAUGUCACCUCAAGCUUUUGAAAUUGGAGAGAAUAAAAGAUUAUCUACUCAUGGAAGAGGAAUUUAUUAAGAAUCAGGAAAGAUUAAAGCCGCAAGAGGAGAAGCAAGAAGAGGAAAGAUCAAAGGUCGAUGAUCUUAGAGGUACACCGAUGUCUGUGGGGUCUCUGGAAGAAAUUAUCGACGACAACCAUGCUAUUGUUUCUACAUCUGUUGGGUCAGAACAUUAUGUCAGCAUACUUUCAUUCGUUGAUAAGGACCAACUGGAGCCUGGCUGCUCUGUUUUACUAAAUCACAAGGUGCAUGCUGUGGUUGGGGUCCUAUCAGAUGAUACAGACCCCAUGGUGACGGUUAUGAAGUUGGAGAAGGCACCGCAGGAGACCUAUGCUGAUAUUGGGGGCCUCGAUCAGCAGAUUCAAGAAAUUAAGGAGUCAGUAGAACUUCCUCUAACCCACCCCGAAUAUUACGAGGAGAUGGGUAUCAAACCACCAAAAGGUGUCAUCCUUUAUGGAGCUCCUGGCACCGGGAAAACUCUUUUGGCCAAAGCUGUAGCUAACCAGACAUCUGCUACAUUCUUAAGAGUAGUGGGGUCUGAGCUGAUCCAGAAGUACCUUGGUGAUGGCCCCAAAUUAGUGAGAGAGUUGUUCAGGGUAGCAGAGGAACAUGCACCAUCCAUUGUUUUCAUUGAUGAGAUUGACGCUGUCGGUACUAAAAGGUAUGAAAGUAACUCUGGAGGUGAGAGAGAAAUUCAAAGAACCAUGCUGGAGUUGUUGAAUCAGUUGGAUGGUUUUGACUCCAAAGGGGAUGUCAAAGUCAUCAUGGCAACCAAUCGGAUUGAGACUCUCGACCCAGCUCUAAUCAGGCCAGGUCGUAUUGAUAGGAAGAUCGAGUUUCCACUUCCAGAUGAGAAAACUAAGCGUCGAAUUUUCACCAUCCAUACCGGCCGCAUGACACUCGCCGAGGAUGUCAAUCUAGAGGAUUAUAUCAUGGCUAAGGAUGAUCUUUCUGGGGCAGAUAUCAAAGCUAUUUGUACAGAGGCGGGACUGCUGGCUCUACGAGAACGUAGAAUGAAAGUGACGAAUGAAGACUUCAAGAAGGCAAAGGAGAAUGUACUCUAUAGGAAGAAUGAAGGCUCGCCUGAAGGACUGUAUUUAUAAAUCAAUAACUAUGACGUCUCGUUCGUCGUGGUCAAGCAAAUUUCUUAUUACAUGAUUCACAUUUUUGUUCGUUUUGAUCAUUUUUUCUUUAUUCUUUUUCGUUCAUCGUCGGCCAAUAAAUGUUCUUUAUAAAAUUA